AUGGGCCUUCGUCGAAAGGAGUUGGGGCCGUCGGCAGCUGUGCAUGAAGCACACUACAAGAAUCAGAGUGCGAGUGACAACUGGAUAUUGGUGAUUGAAAACGUACCAGAGUAUGAGGAACGAGUGGUCCGCACGUCUUUGAAACCGGCAAACCUUUGGAGCAUCACUCAUGUGAAGCUUGACCCCCGCCUGCUAGGGCUCGGCACAGCCCGAGCGAGGGUUUUCUACGUGUGCUGGAGAAAGGACAAACUUCAGUGGAAUGCACCCUUCGGGAGCUUGAUGUCUUUCGUUGAAUGCCUCCGUGCAAGGGUAACUUUGAGUGCCAUGGACUACCUGUACAUGCAGCUUCCAAAGUCCGAGAAGAUCUUGAAGGACUACGAGGCGGAAGCGAGAUCCAGAAAGGUCCCUGACCUUAAUCAGUAUCCUGCAAACGGCCGUGGCCGUGGCGAGACCAUCGACGGGGCACUCCCCACAUUGACAACGAACAGUGGAAAGCUGUUUUCCAAGGCUAGGUGGUUGGAAAUGAAUGACAUGGCUCAAGAUUCUUGGAAUUCGCAAUCCAAUGUUCACUCCCCAUGUUCGCUUCCCCCUUUGCUAGGAGCUCGGCCGCUUCAUGCACCCAGUGGAGUUGCUCACGAGCCACAUUUUGCCCUGCACCGACGAGCAGGCCAAAAAGAGCAGGUCACCAAAGUUGAUUCUGAGCAGUGCUUCGCAUACAGCCACCACAUCAAUGGCCGGUAA